CUUACAUUUAACAGUAUUCCCUCCGGGCUCCAUUGUACAUUCUCUUGUAAAAAUGACUAACAAUAAUGGAGUUGAAUGGAGUAUCAGGAUGGGUGAUGGAUCAUCAAUGGUGUUGGAGCCAGAGCACAAGUAUGGAGUCAUGAGAAUAUGGGAUGGAUUGAAGGGUUUGAUCAUGAGGUUUGUGAUGAGAGUGUGGAUGUUCUUGAAGAAAGCAUGGGAUUUAGGGGUGGAUGAGCCUAGAAAGUUCUUCCAUUGCCUUAAAGUUGGUGUAGCUUUGAUGGUUGUGUCAUUGUUUUACUAUAUGAGACCUUUAUAUGAUGGUGUCGGUGGCAGUGCCAUCUGGGCUGUUAUGACUGUAGUUGUUGUCUUCGAAUAUACAGUUGGUGGAACGUUAUACAAGUGUUUGAACAGAAUCUGUGCCACUCUUCUUGCUGGAUUCCUUGCACUUGGGGUUCAUUGGGUUGCUAGCCAUUCAGGACACCAAUUUGAGCCAUUUAUCAUGGGAACUUCUCUUUUCAUAUUAGCUUCUGCUACAACCUUUUCAAGAUUUAUACCUGUGGUGAAAGCCAGAUUCGACUAUGGUUGCACCAUCUUCAUUCUCACUUACAGCCUGAUCUCAGUCUCAGGGUACCGAGUUGAACAUCUCCUGCAUGUGGCCCAUGAAAGGUUAUCAACGAUAAUCAUAGGGACUUGUUUGUGCAUUAUCACCAGCAUGCUUAUUUUUCCUGUUUGGGCUGGCACCGAGCUUCACCUUCUGAUCCCUCGGAACAUGGAUAAGCUUGCAAAAUCGCUAGAUUGUUGUGUAGCUGAGUAUUUUGGUCAUGAUGAUGAGGAAUCUAAGAAAUCAUCACAAGGUUAUAAAUGCGUGCUAAAUUCAAAAGCUUCCGAGGAGGCCAUGGAAAAUUUUGCUAGAUGGGAGCCUGCACAUGGCCAGUUCAAUUUCCGGCAUCCGUGGAAGAAGUACCUCAAAAUAGGUGCAUCAUCGCGCAGUUGUGCGUAUUGCAUUGAAACACUCACUAGUUGCUUGGAUUCCAAGAAUCAGGUCCCUGAAUCAUUAAAGAAUCAUCUCGAUUCCUCAUGCAUGAAUCUUAGCUCAAGCGCAUCGACGGUGAUAAGAGAGUUGGCAACAAUCGUAAGUACAACGACAAGAUCUAACAAGAUAGAUAUGGCGGUUGAAGAUAUGAAAAACGCGGUUCAAGAACUACAAAAUGACUUGAAAUCCCUUCCAGAUUUGCUGGUCCAACCACAUGACAAGGGAGAAGAGUCAUCAACUCCAAAAUCACUCGAGAAAAACGAUAGGGUUCCAAGUCAAAUCACAGUAAUUCCUCUCAUGGAAGUCAUUCCUAUUGUGAGUUUCGCGUCUUUACUAAUGGAAACAGCUUCAAGGAUAGAAGAAAACAUUGUAAAAGCAGUUGAGGAGUUAGCGGAUUCGGCUCAGUUUAAGCAACCAGCAGAUAAAAUGAAGCCCAAAAACAAUCCGACCAGCAAGAUUGUCUCCGAUGAAGAGGGCGCCCUUCAACGUUUAAGAAUAUGGUGGUAUCCUGACGCACCAGGUACAGGCAGUCAGGCAGUCCCUUCUCUCCGGGACGAUGCAAAAACUGACCUGGGUGGAGGCAGACUCGAUUUGCACUGA